ACUUUGUAUUCUAGUUUCUGCUUUGUAUUAAGUCCUGUCUCUUAAAACGUAGUGAUUAUAUUCUCUUUGGUACUUGCUGUUGUAAAAUUAGGAACAUCGAUUGGGAAUCACUUUCUACUUAUAUAUUUUUUUUUGAGAAUUUCUUACAAAACCUACACAAAACAAAAUAAUUAAUUAUUUAGCUAGUUUCUAGCGCCCAUUCGGCACUCCUAAUUUAUACUAAACUUAGUUCUGUAAGAAUGGCGGCUCCUAUGGAAAGAAUCCAGGUGCUUGAUGAUAUCGAAAAAGAUAUUAUCACAUGUUUACAGUGUGCAGCACAAGCUCUCCUUGAACUAAGCAAAGAGAAGUCUGGACAAAAACAAGCAGAAGCAAAUACAUCACAGUUUCUACGAACAUUAAGCCAAGUUGAAAGUAAACUGAGUGACCAAAUAAACUAUUUGACACAAGUGUCUACUGGCCAACCCCAUGAAGGUUCAGGAUAUGCUUCACAGAAAGUACUGCAAAUGGCAUGGCAUCGCUUAGAGCAUGUUCGGUCUUGGGUCAAUGAACUUGACCGUCUCAAGGCAUCACAUUUAGCAGCCACCAACAGGACUGCGCCAAACAGUGUCCCCAAUGGAAACAUGACUUCAUCUGGAACUAGUACCUGAUAUUAAAUUUAAGGCCAUAUGUAGGAAUAUGUAUUUUUAAUAUUUAUUAAUAAAAAACAUUUUGCAUCAACAAAAAUUUAUUGUAAACUGUAUGAAAUGUAAUUUGUGGAAUGAGAAACUAAAACUUCUGCCCAGUUGUUAUCAAUAAGUUAACAAGUCUGCUUUGAUUAAAAUUAAAAUACAAUCCAA